GUCGGCCGAACCAGCCGGGCAGGUCGGGCGGAGUAUAAGAGCGGGAGGGAGCGGCCCGCGGCAGAUGCCCGGAGACUGUCCCCGCGCGGAGCCGGAGCUUCGCAGAGUCCCCAGCGCCUGGUCCGCCCGCGUCCCGUCCGCGCGCCGCGUCCCCACCAUGGCCCGGGAGCCGGGCCCCGCGCCGCCGUCGCCCCAGCUGCCGCUGCUGCUGCUGCUGCUCCUGGCGGCGGCGACCGGCCCUGCGGCCGCGCAGGACAACUGCACGUGCCCCACCAACAAGAUGACCCUGUGCCGCGCGGACGGCCCCGGCGGCCGCUGCCAGUGCCGCGCGCUGGGCUCCGGCUUCCCGGUGGACUGCUCCACGCUGACCUCCAAGUGCCUGCUGCUCAAGGCGCGCAUGAGCGCCCCCAAGAGCGGCCGCGCGCUCGUGCGGCCCAGCGAGCACGCGCUCGUGGACAACGACGGCCUGUACGACCCCGACUGCGACCACGAGGGCCGCUUCAAGGCCCGCCAGUGCAACCAGACGUCGGUGUGCUGGUGCGUGAACUCGGUGGGCAUGCGCCGCACCGACAAGGGCGACCAGAGCCUGCGCUGCGACGAGCUCGUGCGCACCCACCACAUCCUCAUCGACUUGCGCCACCGCCCGGCCGCCCGCGCCUUCAACCACUCGGACCUGGACGCCGAGCUGCGGCGGCUCUUCCGCGAGCGCUACCGGCUACACCCCAGGUUCGUGGCAGCCGUGCACUACGAGCGGCCCACCAUCCAGAUCGAGCUGCGGCAGAACGCGUCCGAGAAGGCCCCCGGAGACGUGGACAUCGCCGACGCCGCCUACUACUUCGAGAGGGACGUCAAGGGCGAGUCGCUGUUCCCGGGCCGCGGCGGCCUCGACGUGCGCGUGCGCGGCGAGCCCCUCCUGGUGGAGCGGACGCUCAUCUACUACCUGGACGAGAAGCCCCCCGAGUUCUCCAUGAAGCGCCUCACGGCCGGCCUCGUCGCCGUCAUCGUGGUGGUCGUGGUGGCCCUCGUCGCCGGCGUGGCUGUCCUGGUGAUCACCAACCGGAGGAGGUCGGGGAAGUACAGGAAGGUGGAGGUCAAGGAACUGGGGGACUUGAGAAAGGAACCGAGCUUGUAGGUACCGGCGGGGCAGGGGUGGGGGUGGGAGGGCAGGGUACCCAGACCGAAGUGAGCCGUGCUUCUCGACUCGCGGCCCAAAGGAGACAU